GUUAUAUUUCUUAUUAUCCACAUUAACUUGUGUUGCAAUAAAUGUUACACGCCAUUAAGAUUAUCAUUUUUGUUACACACAUUGUAUUUAAAAGAAUGUUUGAUCAUAUGAUGGUUAAUAAGUAAUAUACGACAUAUGCGGGAUCUUGUCUAUCUUCAAACACUAGGAAUCUCUCUACACAUCUACUAGUUUAAUUGUUACGUUUUAUAUUCUGUGUCAUGUGUAAUUUCUUGUUUUAUUGCCACGUGAUGAUCUAGAUCUGUUGUGUUUACAGGUAAGAUAAAAUCCAACUAGAUUGCUUGUGUGUCGUUAUAUAUGGCUCUUAUGAUACGGCAAACCGCUGAAUGAGGUAUAUUUGUAACACUUGUUCGGUUUUACUUGGAUAGUUGUUUUUGUGUAGGUCUGGAUGCUGCUUCGUUAACCUUUCGAUUCCGUUAAACAGCGCUGUUCGUAUUCAUCAGCUUUAUUUUCUAUGACAAAUUAGGCGGGAGUUUCACUCGGUUAGUAACAAUGACGGCGGUUGUGGCUGCUUCUACUGACUUUCAGUACUGUAUUUGCCACGGCAUUGAAGGCAGUUCUCUGUCGAGAUAUGUACGAUGCCGUUCCUGUGAAAAGUUGAGUCACCGUAAUUGCGUGGUUAUGGAUGGCCCAGAUGAAGAAUUUGAGUGCCUUUUAUGUCAGCUUCACACGUUGGACCCAUUUAACAGGGUAUUGGACUAUCAAUGGUAUGGCACUUUGAGUUCAGGUACUGCUGUGUUCAGCACUGAGGUUGAAGAUUUGGAAAAGUGGGCUUCGGAGCGUAAGGAGAUGGUUUUGGUAUCUGUACCGCUAGGUGUAUCUAAAGCUAUCCACCAAUGGCCCAAGACUUUUGAAUUCCAUGUAAACGGUGAGGUGGUUCACAGGGUGAAAGAGCCCGUUUUUGGUCACAAUCGCAAGGACAAUCCAGUAAGGGUGACAUAUGCGAUUCGUUCUGGUAUUAACCAUAUUGAGAUUCGUGCUACUUCUGGUGAAACAACAGCUCCAGGUUAUUUGAUUGUACUUAUGGUCUGUCGUCGUGUUUCAGUGGAUCAGAUUGUAUCUUCCAUUAAGAAGAAGCGCCACAUGGCCGCUGGUCCUGCCAAAGAACAUCUUUUGAGCAUGAUGAAUGACCACUGUGAAGAUGAUGAGGUUAUUUGUCUCGACAAGGGGCACAAGAUCGAAUUGAACUGUCCUAUUACAUUGGAUCGUAUGACAAUUCCAGCUCGUGGUAAGCAUUGCAAACAUUUGCAGUGUUUCGACCUGCGUGCUUACCUUCAUGUGAUGCACAAUAUGUCUACAUUCAGUGCACGCUGGAGGUGCCCUGAAUGUCCGUUGAUCGUAAAGCCUAUAGAUUUGUUUAUUGACGGUUAUGUCGAAUCUAUAUUAUCAUCGGUAUCUCGUAGUGUAUCUACUGUCCAUCUUGACAGUUCCGGGGAGUACACUGGUUUGGGCGGUUCUGAGCGUUGGGUAGACUGUGUUUACCCCGUUGAGGUUGAUGUUAACGACAUUCUUCAGGAUCAUUCUGCUAAUGGUGAAUUGCCAGUAAGUUACGGCAAACGUCUUGGUGACGCAAGCCCUCCAAGCGAACCAGAUUCCACAGAUAAACAUCCUAACGGUAAAUCCACUAAAGUAAACAGACGGUUACCACAUAUAGAGGAGAUCAUUGUUAUAGAUUCUUCCGACGAUGAAUCAUCCAGUAAUUCGUUACGUCAUUCGACUAGUGCCGGGACGUUGAUUCCUAGUAUCGGGGAAAGCUCAACUGCUCGGCCACGACCUUCCACUCCUGAAAAACCAGAUGGCACUAACUCUAACCAUAAGUCAUCUCUACCGUCCACCUUAUCGCAGCGCUUGAGUCGUUUACCUCAAUUGGGCAAAAACGCUACUGUUUCAUCCACCGUGGGUAAGCGCAAGUUGCCGGCAUCCGGUUCAAAUCCGGAUAAUGACAUAUAAGUUUUGUGCGAAAAUUAUUAUGGGUCAGUGGUAACACCGUAACCCAUAAGAAGGC